AUGAGCCUGAGUCGUACCAAGCGAAUCAGCUCCAGUAACUCCGUGCGGAGCAGCAGUGGGUCGAGGAGGCUGAGCGGUUUCGGUCCAGUUCAGGGGGGUUUCAGCGGCAUCUCUCUGAGCAGCAGCUCUCUCUACGCGGGAACCAACGGGCAUCACCAAGGCGUUGGCGCCCCACUGGCAUCCCUGUCGGUCAAUAAAAGCCUGCUGGCCCCCCUGAACCUGGAGAUCGACCCCAGCCUGUCCAUGAGCCGAGCCCAUGAGAAGGAGCAGAUCAAAAGCCUCAACAACCGCUUUGCAAGCUUCAUAGAUAAGGUACGUUUCCUGGAGCAGCAGAAUAAGAUGCUUGAGACCAAACUGGAGCUGCUGCAGGGCCAAGGGUUGGCCAGAUCCAACGUGGAGCCCAUGUUUGAGGCCUACAUGGCAGGUCUCAGGCGCCAGAUGGACGUGGUCAACAACGACAAGAUCAAACUGGACGGAGAGCUGAGGAACAUGCAGGGUCUGGUGGAGGACUACAAGCACAAAUAUGAAGACGAGAUUAACAAGAGAAACAACCUGGAGAAUGACUUUGUUAUCCUAAAGAAGGAUGUAGACUCGGCCUACCUGGUGAAGGCAGAUCUGGAGGAUAAGGUGGGAGCUCUGACUGAUGAAAUCAACUUCCUGCGCAACAUCUAUGAGGAGGAGCUGCGUGAGCUGCAGGCCAGCAUCAAAGACACCUCGGUGGUGGUGCAAAUGGACAACAGUCGCAGCCUGAACAUGGAGCAGAUUGUCGCUGAGGUCAAAGCCCAGUACGAGGAUAUCGCAGCCCGCAGCCGAGAGGAGGCAGAGGCCUGGUACAAGAACAAAUUCGACCAAAUGUCGGUGCAGGCCAGCCAGUAUGGAGACGAGCUCCGCGUUGUGAAGGGAGAAGUGGGCGAGGUCAACCGACUGAUCAGCCGACUGCAGAGCGAGAUAGAGGCUGUCAAAGCGCAGCGAGGCAGCCUGGAGAACCAGCUGGCUGAGUCAGAGGAGCGUGGAGAGCUGGCUGUGAAAGAAGCCAAAGCCCGGACCAGAGACCUGGAGGACGCACUGCAGAGAGCCAAACAAGACAUGGCCAGACAGCUUCGAGAGUUUCAGGACCUGAUGAACCUGAAACUGGCUCUGGACAUUGAGAUCGCCACCUACAGGAAGCUGCUGGAAGGAGAGGAGGACAGGAUUGGACAGCAGUCCAUCCUCAACAUCCAGUCCAUCUCCAACUAUAGUACUAAAAGUAAUAAUGGCUACCACAGUAACACCAGCUCUCCUGCUCCAAAACUGCUGAUAAAGACAACUGAGACCAGAGACAACAGCAGAUACUUCACUCACUGAGAGGAGACACACACACACACACACACACACAGCAUGCAGGCAGUGGUGGAAUGAUACUCAAGUACUGUACUGAAGUACAAACUUUUGGUACUUGUACAUUACUUGAGUUUUUUGCUUUUCUGCUUUGUACUUUUACUCUACCACAUUUCAGAGGAAAACAUACUUUUUAUUGCACUGCAAUAUGUUUGACAGCUUUAGUUGUAGUUACUAAACAAAUUAAGAAUUUUUGCACACAAAACAUAUGAAGAGCUCAUAAAAUAAAUAAAAUACAUAUUUUGAUUGUUUAAAUCUGUACAAGCAUUUCAUGGUUUUAGCUUUACAACUGUGGAGAUUUGCUGUUUGAAUGUAUUGUUAAUAAUGUUGCAUUGUGAAGGUGUCACUUUGGGCUCUCGGUAAUAACUGUGACAGCAUUUCUCACUUUUAUCAGAAUUUUUACAAACCAAACAAUCAAUCUGUUAAUGGAGAAAACUGUCAGCAGAUGAAUCUACAAUUAAAAUAAUCAUUAGUUGCAGUCUGAUACAAAAUAGUUCUAAAUAAGCUUAACCUCAAUAACUACAGCAGUAAAAUUCUGCUUUUACGUUAAUGCAUGAUUAAUAAUAAACUGAUGAGAGAAUAUAUAAUAGUAUAACAGUCACAAGGGACAUUUUACUGCA